AUGGUUCACACCUGUAGAAUCAGGAGAAGGGAGUAUCUUAAUUAUGGGCAUUUCUUUGGUAUAUUCUUGGAUUCUUUAUUCCUAGGUAGAUUUCGGGCAGACAACUUGAACAAGCUGAAGAACCUAUGCAGCAAGACGAUUGGAGAGAAAAUGAAGAAAAAAGAGCCAGUGGAAGAUGAUGAGUCUGUCCCAGAGAAUGUGUUGAAUUUCGAUGACCUUACUGCAGACGCUUUAGCUAACCUGAAAGUCUCACAAAUCAAAAAAGUCCGAUUCCUCAUUGACGAAGCCAUCCUGAAGUGUGACGCGGAGCGGAUAAAGCUGGAAGCAGAGCGAUUUGAGAACCUUCGAGAGAUUGGGAACCUUCUGCACCCUUCUGUGCCCAUCAGUAAUGAUGAGGAUGCGGACAACAAAGUAGAGAGGAUUUGGGGUGACUGUACGGUCAGGAAGAAGUACUCUCAUGUGGACCUGGUGGUGAUGGUAGAUGGCUUUGAAGGCGAAAAGGGGGCCAAGGUGGCUGGGAGUCAAGGGUAUUUCUUGAAGGGGGUCCUGGUGUUCCUGGAACAGGCUCUCAUCCAGUAUGCCCUUCGCACCUUGGGAAGUCGGGGCUACACUCCCAUUUAUACCCCCUUUUUCAUGAGGAAGGAGGUCAUGCAGGAGGUGGCACAGCUCAGCCAGUUUGAUGAAGAACUUUAUAAGGUGAUUGGCAAAGGCAGUGAAAGUCAGUGAAAAGCAAGCUCCUAUGAUGAAAGUGCUGGUGCCACCUCAGAGCAGCCGCCACUGCACACGCCCUGGGAUGAGUGGCUCCCAGCCAGUUCUGCCAUCAAGUAUGCUGGCCUGUCUACCUGCUUCUGUCAGGAGGUGGGCUCCCAUGGCCGUGACACCCGUGUAUCCUUCCGGGUCCAUCAGUUUGAGAAGAUUGAACAGUUUGUGUACUCAUCACCACAUGACAACAAGUCGUGGGAGAUGUUUGAAGAGAUGAUUACCACCGCAGAGGAGUUGUACCAGUCCUGGGCAUUCCUUACCACAUGCGUGAAUAUUGUCUCAGGGUUUCCUUACAGUUCUUUGAAUCAUGAUGCCAGUAAGCAGCUUGACCUGGAGGCUGUUUCAGGCUCAGGAGCCUUCGUGAGGUUAGAUCUCCUGUUCUAAUUUUUGGAUUAUGAGGCUCGCCACCUUAGUCGAUAUGGGCAAACCAAGAAGAUGAUGGACAAGAAGAAUAAUCUCAUUUAUCUACAGAACAAGUUGGAGGCUUCCCUCUUCUCACCCAAGGAGUCUGGUUAUCUAACGGGCAAUAAAUACCAACUAAUUCAAAUUCAGAAAAAGUUGCUAAGAGUCGAACCAUCAUUUGAUUUGGACAGUUGUGCCGACUUCUCCUCUGGGACCCUGUCUUUCCAGGUGGAGUUUGUCCAUAUGCUCCAAGUGCUACCAUGUGCGCCACUACCCGUACCAUCUCGCCAUCUGGAGAACUACCAGACAGAGAAGGGCAUCACUGUGCCUGAGAAAUUGAAGGAGUUCAUGCCCCCAGGACUGCAAGAACUGAUCCCCUUUGUAGCAAGCCUGCGCCCGUUGACCAGGGAGCCAUCCAAGAAGCAGAAGAGAAGCAGUGAGGCAGCAAAAGAAGCGGCAGCAAGAGCGUCACCCUGAAGCAGGCUGCAGAACAUGGAGGUCACGAUGCCUGAACAUUCCUGCGUCCCUGUUACCUUUCAUUCUGUCCUUUAG